AUUUAAUUAUUAGCAUCUAUCAUGAGUGGAAUCAACUUAAUUUUUUUCAUUCUUUUUUUGCCAACAUUUCCCUUCUCUCUCAUUCUUGUUUCAAAAUAAAGGUUGAAAGAUGGCAAGGUUUAUCAAUAAAAAAAACAUUUAUCACAUUAGUUUGAAUCUAACCGGUAAUCAAUUCGGAUGGUUCCUUGUAAUCAGUGAAUUGUUUUUUUCAAGUGGAUAGGUAUUGUAGAUCAACGGAGUUUCCCUUUGACACACAUUUAACUAAGCCAACUGGACUCAAUGGUAUUGAGUCAAUCAUUAUCAUCAAGAAGACCUUUCUCUCAUCAUCAUCAUCAUCUCCUUUCCUCCCACCCAAUCAAAUGAACCAAUCUCUUUUUUCUCUAUUAUUAUUGAAUUUCUUCCGAUCAAACUUUCAUCAGGUUCAAUUGAUGAAGCUUCAAGUGUAACAAUCAAACCUUUUCAAGCAAGUUCAAGUCCCACUGUUUUCAUUUUCAACCAUCUUCAUUUAGAUUAAAUUAAACCAUCAAGUUAACGUUGAUUGUCUUUGUUAUUUAACAACUUGUGAAUUUUAAUUUUCCCUUCAAGAAUGCCAAUUUAUUUUACUCUUAAGCGGUUCAUCGUCGUCUCAUUAAUUGCCAUUGGAAUAAUCUUAAGUCGUAUUUCAUCCGUACUAAGUGAAAAUUUUCAUCAUCCAGUGAUUUUUCUUGCUGGUUAUAUGGGAACCCAAUUGAAGUAUCAACUGCACAAAGCAAACACGAGUCCAUUUUUUUGCCAAAAAAAUUUGUACACAACUCGAAGUUUAUGGUUAGAUGCUUAUCAGGCCUUCUCUCCGGUUAAAAAAUACUGCUGGUUACAUUAUUUGUCCCUUGAAUACGAUCCUUGGACCCGAUCAACUAAAAGUCCUCCUGGAGUGCAAAUUUUGGUUCCUCCGAUGGGCGACACACAAUCAAUUGAAUACAUUUCACCCUUUCCCUUUCAGGUUCGACCAACUGAAUACUAUAUAAAUAUCAUCAACUCUUUGGAGCGAUUAGGUUAUUCCAGAGGAUACAACAUAUUCGGAGCCCCAUACGAUUGGCGUAAAUCUCCUCAUGAACAAGGUGACUUCUUUGAGUCUCUCAGAUACCUGGUCCAAGAAAUAUACGAGAAAAAUGGAGGUAAACGGGUCAUACUUUUUGGUCACUCGAUGGGAGGUAAUUUUGCUUAUCUAUUUCUUCGUAAGCAAAACGUUUACUGGAAAAACCAUUAUAUUCGAGCCGUUGUGUUUGCUGCUUCUCCAUGGGGUGGUAAUUUUAAACACAUGUAUGAUUACCUGUAUGAAGAUGAUUUUGCUGCUGAUUUGAUACCAGAAUUUCGCCAAGUAGAACGAACUUAUUCCUCUUUAGCCUUUUUACUACCCAACAAACGUAUAUGGGGACCCGAUGAUAUUUUCCUAACCACACCAACAGCUGAUUAUACCGCCUUUAAUAUGGAAGAAUACUUUGCCCAUCUCAAUCAUCCAAAUGGUUAUCAGAUGUACCUGGAUACCAAAGAUUUGAUGGAUCCUUUUGUUCACCCCGAAGUGGACAUCUAUUGUAUACCUGCUGUGGGAUAUAAAACACUUCGUCAAGUUGAGAUGUUUUCAGAUAAUGAUAAGACCAAUCGAUUCACCAACUACUCUCAGGGUGAUGGAUUUGUUAAUAUAGAAUCUGCUUUAGGUUGCCUUAAUUGGUUCCCUUCAAAGAAGUACAAGUUUUAUUUGAAACUUCUUGAUUCCAGUCAUCUGGGAAUGCUUCGAGAAACUGAACCGGUUAACUUCUUUGCCAAUUUAAUAUACAGCUUACCUUAAGGUGAAAUGGUAAAACGAUUCCUUUGAAUAGAAUCUCUAUCGACAUUCCUUUUCCAACUGAUAUCCUGAAAGGUUAGAGUGCCAUCACGAAAUUAAUGAAUACUGAAUUAAAUUAAAUCACAUAUAAUUGGUGAAAACAUGCAAUGCUUAUUAAGAGAGGUUAUAGGCAAACAAAAACACGGCACUUGUCGCCCUCCAUUAGCAAAAGUUUCAGUAUACAGUUAGAAAGAAAGUAACUGAAAAUGUAUGCAUUAAGAGGUGUUCAACUCUCCAAGCUCAGAAUCAAUGUACCAUAAUUUGACAAUUAAUUUGUUUGUUUCUCGACUAAUCGAGUCUGUAAAUAUAAAUUUUCUAAUAAAUUGCUUAAUAAUUUAACCAAUUAAUUUACUUCGGAAAUUGUCGUUAUGAGUGGUUCGAAUUUUUCAAAUACGGUUUGUUUGUUUUGUUUUACUGCACCAAGAAUAUUAACAGAAAUUGAUUGAUAACUUUGUUUAAUAUUUAAUCAAUAUUUCCAACAAAUGGAAACUUAUUAGAGGAUUGAGUGGUAUUAGUUAAUUUAGCUACAAAUAUAAUAUUAAGGACUAUAAAGUACACUUUGUACUCAAAAAUAAUCGAUAUAAAGUUUAUUUUCUACAUCAUUUCAAGCGGUUUAAUCGUUC